AUGCCCCAGAUGCUACCUGCCAUAAUAAUGCGUGCGCUAACAAUCUACCCGAUUCGCAGCUGCUCCGUCGCUUGCAAUAAACUUCAUCGCGAGAAUCACCCCCCGGAUCCUGAACCGAAUCCCGAGCCGCCGCGAGCCGCCGCUCCUCCUCCCGUCGACGGCGAGGCACCGUCCACUGCCCCAAGCGCACCCGACACGAGCAACCCCUUUCGCAUUCUCGACUCGGCCUCGGCCCAGUUGCAGAUGCUCUUCACCAGGUACCCCGACCUGCCACAACAGCUCGCCGACAUUUACGCAGCGACGCAACCACCGUCCGAGUCGGCAGAGAACAGGAGCAUCCCGGCAUCGUUGCUCAAAGGACUGCCGAGCAAAAGCAACGGGUGGAAUCACGACGUGGGAAUCAAACGAGGCAAGGAGGCCCUGCGCAAGGCCCGGAAAUCAGACGGCGCCGAGGGUGAGGGCGUUAAGGAAUACUGCGAGCUCAUCAUGCACCUGAUGAAUGGGCAGGCCGGCGCUGAUGCCUCGGCGUUGCUGCAGAAGCAGGCAGCGAUGCAGGACUCGGAGCUCAUUGAACGUCUGAUGAAUGAGGAGAACCGGAGGUGA